AUGAGCAAAGAGCCCUCGUUCCCCUCCCCUUCCGCUCGAGUCCGUCGCCGUCGCCCUGCCCUCGUAUCUCCUCCCACGACACCGGUGACAACCACAGGCCACCGUCCUGAUCCUCAUCCGGGUCAUCCCCAGGCAGGCAGGUCGGCGAGGAGGGCAGCAAGAUCGAGCCGUGCGGGGGCUCGGGACGGGAACAGGACAGGACCCCAAAAUCUCAGAUCCUUCCUGCUCGCCCGCCCGUGCCCGUCGGCGCGUCGUUCUUGCCGUCCGCGCCCCACCUCCGCCCUCUCCUCCUCCAGGGGAAUCAGAUAUGCCACAGGCUGCGCGAUGGUGUUGUGGGUCUUUGGCUACGGCUCCCUCAUCUGGAACCUCGGCUUCGACUUCGACGACAAAAUCCUCGGCUUCAUCAAGGGCUACAACCGCACCUUUAAUCUCGCUUGCAUUGACCACAGAGGCACAGCGGAGCAUCCGGCGAGGACCUGCACGCUUGAAACCGACGACGAGGCCAUAUGCGUCAGCAUGGUACAAGCCUACAAGGAGAAAGUUUAUCCAAAAAACAAGUUGAACUGCUGCAGCAUGAGCCAGAAGUUGGUUAUGAGCUACAAUAUAAGGUUCCCUUCCAGAGUCUCCCAUGCUAUAUCGUGAAUUUUCCCAAGCAAAGCACCUGCCAGGCGCCAAUAUGCCACCGGGGUAGCCAUUAAAAUACUUAAAAUCAACUCCAAGGCUCAUCGAACGUUAUCCAGUGCUUCACCGUGUUUCUGAACUCCCUAAAGCAGAUGUUGUCAUGUUGGUCAGUUUGGU